AUGGCAGCCUCUGAAGCCUCUAGCAUCUCUGCCACCAAGAAAGAAGGAAUUUUCAUCUCCCACCAAGCUGGUAUUGAAGACAACAGUGACGACGACGAUGAUGACAACAACAACGACAACAAGGUGUUGAAAAUGAAGGAGAAGAUAGACGAAGAGGGUUCCAACGGAUCCAGUUCCAAGAAUAUUCUUGAUUUUGUGAACCUCUACAAAGAUAAUUUGGCUCGUGGAUCAAAGGUGCAAGAACUUGAUUUUUUCAACCUAGGGAAAAACGUGGUGGGUUCAUCGUCAUCUAGCUGGGCUAUUAACGCUGACAACAACGAAGGUAGAGAUGAAGACAAUGAGGUAAAAACCUCGGAGUCCAAGAAACUCUCUUGCAAUUUUUGCAUGAGACAAUUUUCUUCGGCACAAGCCUUAGGAGGGCAUCAAAAUGCCCACAAGCCUGAACGUGAACUUGCGAAGCGUAGACAAGAGCUUCACCAAGUUGGUGCUCUUUGGCAGCCUCAUUUUCCUUAUUACACUUAUCCAAGUCUUUCAACACCACCUUAUCAUAGCUCCUAUAACAAUGCACUUGGUAUUAGGAGGGAUUCCAUGAUUCACAAGCCAACUUAUCCUCACACCCCACCAGGUUUCAGGUUUGGUCAAGGGGCCACUUGGUCAGACAUGUUAAACAUUUCUUCUUUUAAUAGACCGAGGGUGGAUGGUUUGAAUCCUAAUACUGGAACUGGGAUUCUAGGAAAUGGUGGUGCAAUUGCAUCACCUUUGAAGAUAGAAGAUCGUGGUAGUAGAACACUUGCAACCACUCGCCAAUUUGGAGAUUCUUUUGCAAAUGCAGCUACAAGAUCAAACACAACCCUAGAGAAGUCAAAACCCUUAGAAAAGUCAACUAUGGUUACCAACAUUGAAGAACCUUCUGAUUCUGAUGACCCUUCUGGACUUGAUUUGUCACUUAAACUUUAA